AACUCCGGAGCAGUCAGUCGCCAGCCGCCCGUGCCGUACCAACCGGGAGUGCUAUUCUCUUAAAUCUCGCAAACUUUGUUUUUGUCAUUAUUAGUACAAGGCUAACGCUGGAGGCAUUAAAUUUCUGCUGGUACGAAUGGAAUGAGUCGCUUGCUGGACGCAGAACAAGCUCCACUUCGUCUUGCUUUAAAUGGCAAAGGAUUGACCCGGACCAGCCUUUAAAAUAUUCUCUGAUAAGCUACGCUCGAACAAAAGAACAAGGAGAAAAUCGAAAAUCCUGCGGAUACGUCAUAGCCUCUUAAACAAUCCUGACUGCAUCGAAAAAACGUCGGGGGAUGCGAGAUCCGGUGGGCGAUGACAAGAUCAGCAUGGGGGUCGAGGUUUUUCCUCAUAAUGGCGAUGAUCACGAUCGUUAUCGCCAAUUAUCAACGGCAUCGCGACAGACUUCAUCUGCGCGAGCAGCUCGUUAACGGCCAUAAAGCCAGGAAUAUCACUCAACUGCAAGAGGAGAUAAUAGCCAAUCUGCCUCCUCUACGAAUUCCGCGUUUGAGGCAUCAUCGGGUCACAGAUUGGGAUCCGUAUUUCGAGAAUGCGGAUGGCCAGGGUAUCAAUGACCCGCAAAAUGUGACGUUGCAUCUUGGAUCAACCGCUCUUCUUGAUUGUCGCGUCGCGAUGCUUUCUGGAAAACAGGUCAUGUGGCUACGACGCAACAACGAUUGGGCAUCGCUCCUACUCCUAACUCUUGGUAAUGCUACUCACACAUCGGAUUCAAGGUAUAGCGUGAGCUUCCAGUAUCCAAACAAUUGGAGAUUGGCCAUCUCCGGAGUGCGGAGGGAAGAUCACGGAGUAUAUGUCUGCCAAGUGAAUACGCAUCCGCCGAGAAUGCUGGUCACGAACGUCACUGUUCUCGCGCCGGAUAUUAGAAUCAUCGAUGAAGCCAGACACGAGUUGCGAGACCGGUAUUACAAGACCGGAAGUGGUAUCGAGCUGGCGUGUGUUGUCCGACCAUCUUGCCCCGACUCGAGAGUACCGUAUCCCGUCUGGCGGAAAAAUGGCGAGACGUUGCCGGAUCACGUCAACGUUUAUCACAUUAAUGGAUCGAAUGAGGACGUGGUGACGAGACUCUAUAUCGAACGAGCGAAAAAGACUGAUAGCGGCGAAUAUACGUGCUCAGUAAGCCAAUUCAGCACGACCGCGGUGCAUAUUCAUGUCCUAAAUGGUGAAAAACAAGCUGCUGUUCAUGAUCAGUGGAAUGCAGCAUGUAUUAAUUACAAUGCAAUUGUUACUGAGUUCUGCGCUGUAUUCGUCAAUUUUUUUUUUUACAUGUGGCAAAGUUAUUCUCUAUGAAGUAAUUUUUUUUAAACUGCCAAUAUAUUAUAAGUUCAUAUCCUACCACAUACACAUAUCUAUCCAUACACACAGUUUGUAUUAUGUAUUUCAAUGAUACUUUUAAUAAUCUCUUCUUCGACGAUAAACCACGUACUUCGAUCUCAAUAUAUAUUUUUUUUUAACAAACAGUAUUAUAAAUGCACCUCGUUGAAUAAAUCUAUGUCAGUAUUAUGAGAGUAUA